AACAUUUGGUUCCGACUUUCGUGCGUUUCUUUAAUUAAUAACGUAUAAGAAACUCGAUGUUUUCUGGUUCUGAUUAUUAUCGUUAGUUAAUGAACAUAUAGUGAGAUGGGAAAAGUCAAAAAGGGGAAGAAAAAGCCAACUAUAAAAUAUGAUGAAGAGGAGGACACUCAUGUUCCUGACGCCAAAAGUAAUGAGUACUUUUAUGAUGAUGUCGACAAUUUUCAUAAUGAGAGAAACAAGAUUCCUUUGGGUAAUGCAGAACCCGCUGAAUUUAGUUCAUCGGAAGAAGAUAUUUUAAAAGUUGGUGAGUCAGAUUCGGAUGAUGAUGAUGAAGAAAUCGAAGCGUACAAAGCUCAAUUAAAAAGAAUACGAGCGAAAACAUUUAAACAAAAGCACGCUAGUGAUUUAGAGGAAUCGACCGAUGAGGAAGAUGACAAAGCCUGGGGACAGAAGAGAAAAAAGUUUUACGGUGGUGAUGUUACUGACGAAGAUGACGAAGAUGUAUCUGAAGAUGACGAAGAGGCCACAGCAAUACUGGAGGAAAGGGAAGCUUUAUCAAUUCAAAAAAAGAUAGCGCAAGAAAUGGAUGAAGAUGAUUUCGUACCAGAAAUUUUCAAAAAGAAAAAAAUAAAAACAAAGGAUGACGAUGAAAAAAUAAAGAAGGAUUUAUCUAAAAUGACAGAAGUGGAAAAAAGAAGAUUAUUAGAAGAGGAGGCCCCAGAGCUGUUUGGCCUAGUAGAAGAAUACAAAAAGAGAAUGGAGGAAAUCGAUACAGUUCUAGUGCAUUUGGCUGAAUUAUUAAAAAAAGGAAAGCUGAAAGAUGAGCCAAAGGGCUUCUCCGAAUACGUAACAUAUAAGACAAAUGUUACUUCAGGCUAUUGUAUGAACAUUUCAUUUUAUCUGGCUUUGAAAGCUAGGGGAAUACCUGUUGAAAAUCAUCCAGUUAUUGAAAGAAUACUAGGCUAUAGAAAGAUUCUAAACAAAUUAGCCGAUUCCGACAACACGUUCAUAGAUUUCCUUCAGGAAACUCUCGAAAAUUUAGAAAAUAAUAGAAAUAUUGAAUUUGCUGAUGAAACGCCUCUAGAAAUACCAACACUAUCAAGAAAAAAGAGUAAGAGACGAAGGACAGUAAUCGAAACUGAGGAUCUGGAGGAUUACGAUCAACCUGAGCCCUCUGGUGGAUCGACUAAAAAUAGGAAACGAAGAAUGGGUGAAAAGGCAUCUGAAAAGAAAGAAGAAUUAGGCGAAGACGAUAAGAGAGCUAUAACCUAUCAGAUGUCAAAGAAUAAGGGAUUGACACCUAAUCGUAAGAAGAUCAAUAGAAAUCCAAGAGUAAAACUCAGGGAGAAAUUCAGAAAGGCCAAAAUCAGGAGAAAGGGAAUGAUACGAGAAGUUAGAAAAGAAGUAGAUCGAUACGGCGGUGAAUUAUCUGGUAUAAGAGCCGGUGUAAAGAAGAGUGUAAAAUUUAAGUGACCUGUUUAUUUUUGUUGUCCAAAAUACCUUUUACUUGAUUGACUUCGGGCAUUUUUAAUAAAAUAGGAAAUUACGAAUGUAAUUUCAAACCGC